UGGGGCCUUUUACUCUACCUUAUUUUUUGCCCUUUUCUCGGCUUCUCGGUUCCCCUCAAGGCUGCAAAAUGAGGACGAGGAUGAGGAAGCCACGUUGCAUUAUAAAUCAAGAGCCAAGACAGUCCUGUACCAUUGUUUACCGAGUGGAAGGAGUUUAUGGCGUCGCCCUGGUGGCACUUCCGUCAUCCGUGCGCGCCGUGAGUCACUAUAAUGAGUUGCCGCCGUCACGGGAAAGGAGGAGAGCAGAGGAGGCUGUCGUGAGAGAGAGAGAGAGAGAGAGAGAGAGAGAGAGAGAGAGAGAGAGAGAGAGAGAGAGAGAGAGAGUGUGUUGCAGUUGGUGUUACAAGUGGAAGGACUAAGAAAAAAAAAUAAGAAAGACAAAGAAAUUCCUCCAGUGUUCUCCUCCUCCUCCUCCUCCUCCUCCUCCUCCACUUACGAUGCUGGAGGGGAGUCGCGUGAUGGUGGUGAUGGUGGUGGUGAUGAUGGUAGUGGUGUUAGGGGUCAACACCACUACCGCUGCCUCCUCCACCUUCUCCACCUCCCCCUCCUCCCCCUCCUUGUCCCUCCCCUCCUCCCCCUCCUCCUCCUCCUCCUCCACCACCGCCUCCACCUCCAUCUUCAGCUCCUCCGUUUCCUCCACCGAGUCCCCCUUGGGCUUGUGCUUUAAGCUCAAGAAGAGGGACGGCUCGUGCGGGCGCGUGACGGAGGAGGGCAUCAGCCGCGAGGCCUGCUGCUCCCGCCGCUUCCGCAUCGGUUGGAGACCCGCGACCCCUGCCCACGCCUCCUACACCACCCACACCGCCCACCCCGCCCACGCCACCACCCUCAGGCCCCUCAACGGAACGCCUGUGGUCACCGUGGAUGUCGCCCGAAGUGAAGGAACAUGCACCCCCUGUAAAACCACGUGUGCGGGGGUGCGGUGCGGCGAGGACAGGAAGUGCGUGGUGCGGUGUGGCGCCCCCCGUUGUGUGUGCUCACCGCAAUGCCACCUGAAGCACGAGGAAGCGGUGUGCGGCUCCGACAACCGCACCUACAAGAGCGAGUGCCACCUGCUGAAGCGCGCGUGCCGGAAGAAGCAGCGGCUCUCGGUGGCACACUACGGCCCCUGCCAGACGUGCGUUGGAGUGCGUUGCAGCGGCGGGAAGAAGUGCGUGAUGGACGAGCAGAUGACUCCGAGGUGUGUGAAAUGCCCCACGUCCUGCCCUCGCACCGACAGAGUGAGGCAUCUGUGCGGGGCGGAUCAACGCACCUACUCCUCUCCCUGCCACCUCAAGCAAGCGUCCUGCAUUGCGGGCGCCGAGAUCCUGCGAGCGUACAAGGGGGCAUGCCAAGAGGGCGCCACCUGCAACACGGUGCGCUGCUGGCGUGGGCAGAAGUGCUUGACGCAGGAGGUGACGGAGCAGCCCCAGUGUACCUCCUGCGGCGCCCUGGACUCCUGCCUACCCUCCUCCCGCCCCGUCUGCGCCUCCGACGGCCGCGUGUACCCCUCCUGGUGCGCGUUUAAGCAUGAGGCGUGUCGCUCCGGCCGCGCCCUCACACCUACGCUCCACCUGCACUGCGCCGCGAACCACACCAAGCCUGACGAUUGCCACAAGAACAAGCAGCAGCUCAAACAGGCGCUGCUCCGGAGACAGAACAAGAUCCGCAAACAAAUUCAGAGGCAGCGGGUGUUGGAGGGAGUCGCUCAGGCCGCCGGCACCUCCAACCUGCAGGACCUGAGUCGCGUCCAGAGGUUGAACAGCGUGGAGCGCGUGGGAGCAAGGGGCGGGUCUCUAGCUGUCAGGGGCCUCGGAAGAAAACGGGUGACGGGUGUUGACGGCGCCUCCACAGCCAGCGACAAGAGAAAGAAGAGGAAGCGAAGGAGGAGACGACGAAACUGCAAAAAGAACCAGAAGAGGGCGAGGCUGGAGAGACAGCGAUCAAGAGAGGAACAGAAGGAAGACGGGGACUGAAGAGAGAGGAAAAACAAAACAGAAACCGCAGCAGCAUCAGCAUUGAAAAUAUAAAAUAAUCAAAAAAGGUUGGUUGCUGGCACAGGAAGAAAAGAGAAAUGAUAAAAAAGAGAGAGAGAAAAAAAAAUGUUAUCUCACUCCUACACCUGAUUAUUUUAAGACGUUUGUGAGGUGUCUGUUUAGAGAGUAUGGCGAAAAGUUGUGUUGUCUGUGGUGUGGUGUUGCAAAAAUCUGGGCUGGACUAAGUUUGUGGCAUUGUGUUGUGUUGUGUUACGGAAGUUCAGAAGAUUAAAAGAAAGUCUCGGUAUGUUGCAUUUGGUUUGUGUAGCAGAGGAAAAUAUCAUGUCUGAGAUAGGGAAGUGACUGGUGUGUGUAUGUGUGUGUGUGUGUGUGUGUGUGUGUGUCAGAAAAGGUCAGAUACAGUGUCAGUUGGUCAUAAAAUGUUUAGACGAAGCAGAUGUUAGGUCAACCAUGAGAGCGCUUGAAGUACUUAGACUCGUAUUCACAAACCAUUCACCUCUACACUACACCUGUUUGAAAAGGCUGUCGUUAAAGUUGUAAGGGCUUUCAUGGGCUGUUUCGUAAGCCUAGUGAUAGUUUUACAAGGCCAGACCAAUGAAAAUUUGACCUAUCUUCUUUGAGGCCCCGGAAUGUAUUUGUAGUUAGAGUUUGUAGCUUUUGAGAAUACGGACAUUAAUCUAAGCUCUCUUGACUGCUUGGUUCUGCUCCUUAGAUGGUUCUCAGUCGUUGGGUUUGGUGAAUGAUUGGAAAUGUUGAAUUAUUUACAAACACAUGUCAAAAGGAGAAGGAUUUGAGUAAUUUCCCAGUCUGUUUUCUGAAUGGUAAAGGCACACAAAGUUUUCAUAAAAUGCUUACACUUCAAACAAUGACAAACUCUCCCAGCCACAAGUUUUGACACGGACACAUAUCUGCAUAAUGUUGCCGCAGUGUUUGGGCCGCACACUGCAAGCACCACACCCACAGCCCUCCAACGCUCCCUCUCUCUCACUCAUAUCAAACGUCACUUGAUCUCAAAAAGUAUCAUGAGGGACUUCUGGUCCUCACAUCUGGAGUCCUGCGCUGCUCCAGAACUUAUUUCACAACAUUCACGGUGGACAUUAUUUGUAACACACAGACACCCUCUGGUUCAUGUUCAAUUCUCAGUGUCGUGUUAAGCUGUAGGUCUUGCAGUCUUAGGAAUGAGGUAGUUCAUGUCAGACUGGUGACCUCCAUAAUCUGGAAAUGUAUGAUUGUGAUUUACUAAUGUAAGAUAUUUGCAUUCUCUUAACAUUAGUAUUUAAUCAGCUGGACAUUUAUACAGGGCUUGAUUCCUAUAAGUAAUCUGCCUAUUGUGCUGUUAUUCUCUCCAGUUUUCAAGUAGUGAGAGUUGAUAGUAAAGUCUAAGGAAUUUGUAUUUGUUGUGUGUCGGUGUAGUGGCCAUGCGGGGACAUGGGAAGGACUUGGUGGGUGAGGAUGGAAGGGGUUGAGAGCAGGAGGCUGGGCCAAGGAGUAGUGCUGUGUUUGGGGCUUGUGUCUGGAACAAGGUGAGAUGGUAUACACUCCAUGCUGUAGACCUUGUAGAAUUAUGCUUCAAGUAAUAGUAUGUACUGCUAGAGGGAGGUAUUAGUAGUGGUGUGUCUGUACUGUUGUAGUAGAGGUUCUUGAAAUACUUUUGAGUAAUGCAUCAGUCCCUCUAUUGUGUAUGAUACUAAUAAUAUAGACUUGUCCUUGUGUAAGGUUUCAGUAAAGUUAACUGGAAUGCAUAUUUAAAAUCACUCAGAUUGUGUAAUCUGUGUCUAGUAAGUAGUAACCUCUGUGUUAUGGAAUAUAUAUAUUGCCUAAAGCUAAGGAUUUGACUGUUUAUAUGGAAAAGUGGGUAGAAUUCAGCAGGCAGUUCAGUGUUUUCAUGCUCUUCUAUAUUUUCGAAGUCUGCUGGCUCAGGCAGAAGUUUGAAAAGCUCCUUCAAGGUUCCUCAACUGAGUUCCUCUUUUUGAUGAAGUGCACGUGUCAGUGGUCCUUCCAGGCCUGUGUGUCCUGGUGGGUGCAUGGGAGAACCUUCCCCUCGUGCCAUUAAAGAGAAGCCACGUUCUCGAGGCAGCAGCUCACAUCACGUCAAGGUGCCCGGUAGCUCACCACUCCCCUGCCAACCUGAUGGCCCCAGUCACUGCCUAAAGACAGAUUACCACAGGCACAGUGAAGCCAAUGGUGCAUGACUCAGUGCUCAUGAUGCGAGAGUUUAUCUUUUCAAGAGAAAGUAUGUUGUGUGGCCUGCUGGUGCUCCCUUCAGCAAGCUAUCAGGCAGCUGUCCAAGGUUGGGGUCAGUCAUUGUGCGUCUUGUCCUGUCAUGAGUGGCAUCACGGGGACGCUUUGGAGUGCCGUCGUGCCGAGGGUGGCCAUACAUUUCUCUGAAUAGUCAUGUGCAAUUCAGGCUGACAGAAUAGAUUUAAAGUUAUGUAAUUAAAGUGUACGGUCAGUGUUUUGUGACUUGCCUGUUACGUAUGUAUAUUUUUGGCAGGACCCAGGGUGAUAGUGAUAGAAAUUUGUUCUAAAAAGAAUAAUGUACCAAAUGUCUAUUUAGUCAUCUAAGAAACAGUUACUGUUCUGUAGUAUCAUUAUAAAUAUUUGAGCAACACCAAGUGUGAAUCGUGGGGUGGACAUUACAUUUGUUGAUAAGUAUUAGAGUUUAUCCUCAAACUGAAUACUCAUCAGCCUCCUUACCACCCCUGUACCUCCUCCACUGUUGCUGUUGUUCUCUGGUGGAAUUGGAGAUUAGUAUCCCUCGUAAUGAUGAUGGACACCAGUGUGUGUCAGGAAAUUAAAAUGUCUCAUUAAAGUGACACACUAAAACACAUCAUCACAAGUAAUGAAGCAUCAGGCAGCAGACAAACACAAGAGUAACCUCGAUGGUCACAAGGGAACAAAGCUAAUAGUGAAUGAGGUCGCAGCUCUGCUCUUUGGACCUGUUAUGUCAUUAGAAGCUACACAAAUUUUUUUUAGACUUGUGUGUAGGGUACGAAAUGUCGCACAAUACCUACUUUAGCAAAUUAGAUGUCGAUUGUCACAAUGAGAAUGUUCCUUUGAGGCGUUCUUCAGCUGACAGAAGGAACCUAAACUCUUUGCUUGAAGACUAUGUUUUGUGGAGGCAGUUCAGGCCUCAAAGGAGUUUGUCCUUUUUUGUGAGUUCAAUACAAGAAGUUGGUUGUGUAAUUUGUUCAAUCGUUGGAGUUAGAGACACGGCAAAACAUUAUAUAAAGCUUAGAGGCCUGAGACAGUUGGUCUUUCAAUGAAAGCAUUACUCAGCCAUUUGUGAUUGGCAUUGACAGUCACAGUUUCAUCAUCAGUGUGCCAAGGUCCUCGAGGUGUUCAGUGUGUGGGGGGAUAAUCAAGUGGCUAAGUGUGAGGACAGCAUUAACAAUGACAUGUCUGCUGUAACAUUUUGUCAUUAAUUUCAACUCUGUGCCAUCAACAACUGUUGGGGGAUAUCCAUGACUAAAUGUGACCAUUUGGGGGCUGCAAAGCAUUAAAAGUUUAAUGAACAGUUUAGCAGCAACAGUGCUAUGGUCUGGUCAUGAAAAAUCAACUGUCCAGGGCCUAUGAGAAGCCACUUCCAGUCCCAUAAAAGCCAUGAAUUGUUCACGUUUCAUUAGUCGUAAGCAAUCACUGUGUAGAGGUGAGCUUAGGACAAAGUUUGUUUCAUAAAACCUCUCAUUAUUGCAUCCAAAUGCCACAUAUUUUUAAGGCUGCCAGAUACCAUUAUUUUUUUCUUUUUAUUUAUAUUUUUUAUAGAAUUAUCAAACAAACCAAAACAAAAAAAUAAACAAAAAAAAUUGGUAUUUCUACCCAUUAAUCCUUUCUCAGGGAUUCCCCAAGUAAGAACCGUCAAUGAUAAUUAUAUGUUAACAUUUAAGAUAUUCUUCCAAGUACUAGAUAUUAUAUUUCAUUAAAUAUAUUUUUAAUUAUGUAGUAGAAAGUCUUAUACUUUACUUUGUCUUGCACCUGUGUUAUUUCAGGUUAUUUUUUUUAUGCUGUGUAUAUAAGAUAUUGAAUUUUUGUGCCUCAUUCAUCUCACGUUUGGCAUUUUAACUCUGGUGGCCACAACCUUACCAUGUGUCAUGAAGGACUAAAAGAAUGAUAGUAGACUGUAACAAAACCUUAUGUAAAGUAGUUUAGCAAAGUUACUUACUAUAACAUAGUACACAAUAUAGUCUUGCCUGUGUAUUCUAAUUACACUCAAUCAAUGUGGCUUUGAAAUUUUUGCGCAACCAAUGCAGGGAACUAAAGUUCUGUAAUCCUAGUUCUGCUAGUCUUCCAAAGGCACUGCUUUGCAGUGCUCCUGUAUUAAAAAGUACCUAUCA